UAGGGCUGGUACUCGAGCGUUGCUAGUGAAUCUGAAGCGGAACGUUCUGUUGCCAGGCAAUUGGGAGUCCCACAACUCCAGUUAAUCUAUAGGCAGAAAGAUCGGGCCUGGCAGGCAAGAUAUCCCCGGACCGACACUCGAGUGUUUACCUGUGACGGUGUGAGUAUACUAGCCCCCUUGACUAACGGUGCACAUGGUAUAACGUUGUUUCUGUGUUCUGCUGUUUGAUGAGAAAACACUGUUAACCAAAGGGGGAAAAAAUACUACCUCAAUAUCUGACAACUGUAUCUGUAUACAGAAAUAUAGUUGAUCUACAGGAAAAAAAAGUCACCACUAAUAACUCGACGAAAACGAUGCAAGUAUUUAGUAAUAUCGAGCUUCACGUGGGUCUCUAGGUAGGAAAGGUUCUUCAAGUUUCAAUUUUAUUUAAAAGUUCAAUGCUGUUCAAUAUCUAAGAAGCGGUAAUCUGACGUGCAAUGACGAUGUUAUCGCAAAAGAGCUAUCAGGAUGUAUCAUGUAGUAUGAACACCAUGCAGUCAAUGAACAGUAACUACAAUAUAAAUAAUCCUAAUGCUAACUCCAUCACCAUGGCUACCAUGAAUAUGAGUUAUUCUCCUCAAGGAUUUGGUGCUAAUGUGAUGCCUCCGAAUGCCAUGGGAGGCAUGGGGACUUCUGCAGCCAUGGGGAUCGGGAUGGGAGGAGGAUCUCCUUGCAUGAGCCAGGUUCCCCAGAGCUGCCCGCUCGGAGCAGGUAUGAACUCCUUAAACAUGGGGAUGAACGGGAUGUCUGGCCAGUCCUGCGUGGGGGCUGUGCCCGGGAUAAACUCCAUGGUUCCCGGCCGAGAUUUCACGGUCUCGGGCCAUCAUACCGCCUCGCCUACCGGCUCCGACCCAGGCAAUGGACCAGGAGGUGGCUCAGUGCUACAGCGGGCUCGUACGGAGAAGUCUUAUCGGCGCGGUUACACGCACGCCAAGCCCCCGUACUCGUACAUCUCGCUAAUUACCAUGGCCAUUCAGAAUAGUCACUCCAAGAUGCUGACACUCAGCGAGAUAUACCAGUUCAUCAUGGACUUGUUUCCUUACUACCGGCAGAAUCAACAGCGCUGGCAGAAUUCCAUUCGCCACAGCCUUAGUUUCAAUGACUGCUUUGUGAAAGUGCCCCGGACGCCGGACAAGCCUGGCAAAGGUAGCUUCUGGACGCUACACCCGGACUCGGGUAAUAUGUUCGAGAACGGCUGUUACCUACGUCGCCAAAAGAGGUUCAAAUGCGAGAAGAAAGAAGCUCUAAGAAAAGCACAAAAGAUCAUUCAAGAUGGUCCGCGAAAUCGAGAACAGCAAAGUCCAGAUUCCAGUUCCUCCUCUCCAGGAACGAAGUCAAUCGACUCUACCACUUUUUCUGCAGAUAUGUCAUCUCCUCCUCCAAGACACCACCAGCAACAACAGAAUCCCCGCCAGCAACAGUACCAUCAUCCUCAUCAACAGCUUAUGUCUCCCAGUACCACACCUACCUCGCUUCCAAAUAAUCCCCCUCAUCUGAUUUCCGUGUCGAACACUGACAAUUACAACGGUCACAUACUCGAUGGAGGACAGAGCUGUAAACCAGAGAGUUCUUGUUGUAGCCCCUCAGCAACAAUGAAUCAACACGCACAGCAUACGACUGUUAUGGAUCAUCAUUCUCAGGAACAAAUAGGCCUUUUCUCACGUAGUCUAACUGACAUUGUAUCUCUCCAUACUCCUCUUUUGACCACUGGGCAUCUGAAACAGGAUCCACAUUACAAUCCUUCCAAUCAUCCAUUUUCUAUAAACAAUAUAAUAUCGAAUGAGAACAAGGCUGAAAUGAAACUUUAUGAAAUGUCUCAAUACGGAGGUUACGGUCCGUUGUCUCCUCUUGCACCCAACGACACCUCCUACUACCACCCGUCUUUAUACGCAGUGCACCCUUCUGCAGCUUCCAGCAUAUGAGUCGACCACUGACCACAGGAAAAGGACAGUUAAGUGUGGUUUUUAAAUGUUUAUUAAACUCAGAAAAGGGAGAGGUACAACAAUAGGUAAAAUGGACACUGUUUUUACCGUGUGGUCUCUCACAUAUAUCUUCACCAAUGACAGACCACCAAGACUAACUGUAGGUUGCAUAAGCAUUUAUGUUGUACGUUUCUUUUGUUUAAAUACAUACGUGCAA